AUGGAAUUACAAAACCUUUUGGAACUAGUGAAAGAGAAAACAACCAUUGUUUACUUACACGAUUCAGUAUCACCAGCCCGACAUGGUUUAAAGAAACGUUUGCAGGACGAGGAUUCAAAUCAUCAAGAUAUACCCUUGGUUUUCAUUGCUCAGCUCAAAGAAUUAAGUCGAAGACUUGAAAAUGCGAGACAAAUAGCCGACGUUUUGGACUGGAAUUCCUAUUUUUACUAUGCUAGUAAAUGUCAGGAUGAAAAAAAAAAUAUUGAGAUGAUUAAAUUACUAGCCAACUGUUUAAUGCAGGUACCUGUGAUAUCAAAGCACUUGGCACAUUCUGAAUGUUUGAAGAACUUUACCCGACAAGUAUUUGAAGGAGACAACUUAGAAUCCCAAAACGUAUACUUGCGAUUUUUGUUCAUUUUUUUGGCAUACCAGGGAGCAGAUACGUGCAUAAACUUGAGCGAAUUAACAUUUUCUUUGGUAAAAAGACUGGAAGCAAUAUGGAAAAUAAUUUCGGAGUCUGUUUGUGAUAGUGAAAACUUUUCACUUUACUCAGAAAUUUUAAGGAUUUUAUUUCCACUCUUUAGAAUGGGAUUCAUUGAGGAAUCAACGAGACUAACAGCAUUACCUAUCAUUAUAAAAACUUGGUCAAAGUAUUCACAGGAAGAAGAUUCUACGAUACGUUGGCAUGCUAUCAAUGCAAUUUUGGAAUGUGAUCUCAAAAACAUCACUUCCAGUCAGGCUUGCGAAAUUGUAGAUUUAGCAACCAAGACUUUACAAUCUGCGGUUAAAUUGGAGACAGUAGAGGAAUUGGAAGGAUACUAUCAUCAAUUCGAGAGCGAUCUUCCUUUAAAUAAAUCAACCUCGCUGGAAAAAGAUCUCGUGCCUAUACUUGUUAUUUUGUAUUCUAUCAUAUCUAUUGAGAGAGUGCGAGAAAAGUUAGAAAUAAUUUUACUACCAAAAGAACAUGACAGAGAAACAAGCUUAAAAAAAGGAAAAAGUUUAGCAUGCUUAUUUUUACGGCUUAGCAUGAUACCGCUUAUGGAAAGUGUUUCUAUAUGGCAUGGAACCAUUUUAUUUACCCUUUGCAACUGCAAUCCUGACUUGCUCACAAAUCAAGUUGGGUAUGGUUAUGCCUCUGGCAUACUAAAUAAAGUCAAGCAUUCCGAUCCAUCAGAUAUUAUUCCACCAGGAUCUACUGGAACUCAUUCAGGAACAGAGAAAUCCCAACCGAUUGACCCAAUAACAGGGGAAUAUAAGCAGCAGCCGAAGCAACAAGGCUCCUCAUCUGCAAUGACAAUGGAAGAAAAAGAGCGAGAAGCAGAGCGGCUAUUCGUCUUGUUUCAGAGACUAGAAAAAAAUGGUGCUAUGCAAGUGACAAAUCCAAUUCGCCAAGCUAUUGACAGUGGAUACUAUCAUGACAUUGAUGAUACCUACUCUGAUUGA